AUGCUUACACACCUGAACGUUGCAUUUGGCUACAUUACUUCGGACUUUAAAAUAACGAACAUGGAUGGCGUCUCCACUACCAUGUACAAGAAUGCUGCAGCAGUAAAGUCAAAGAACCCGAAUCUGAAGGUCCUGAUUGCACUUGGCGGUUGGUCCUUUAGUGACCCCGGAAACUGGCAGAGCGUCUUCCCAACCAUGGCUUCUACGGCGUCAAACAGAGCGACCUUCAUUAACAAUUUGCUGGGUUGGCUGUCCGAGUACGGGUACGACGGCGUUGACUUCGACUGGGAAUACCCAGGCGCCGAUGAUCGCGGUGGCUCGGAAGGAGACGGCGAAAACUUCACUGCUUUGCUCAAGGAGCUCCGGACUGCGAUUAAUGCAAGCGGCAAAGAAUAUAUCGUCACCUUCACAGCGCCUUCCUCAUACUGGUAUCUCCGGCACUUUGACAUUACCAACAUGGUAGGCAAUGUCGACUGGAUUAAUUUGAUGUCCUAUGACCUGCAUGGUGUAUGGGACAGCAACAAUCCAAUUGGCAACCAAGUGAUAGCUCAUACCAAUCUCACCGAGAUUGAUUUGGCCCUUGACCUGUUUUGGCGCAACAACAUUGAGCCUUCAAAGAUCGUACUCGGCUUGGGCUUCUAUGGACGGUCUUUUGAGCUCUCAUCUCCCUCCUGCUGGCGGCCUGGUUGCGAAUUCUCGGGCCCAGGGGCUGAGGGCGUUUGCACAAAGACUGCUGGUAUCCUGUCAUACAGAGAGAUAUCCGGCAUUAUUGAUCAGACUGGCGGCGGUAAGCCGUAUUUUGAUGAAGUAGCUGCUGUAAAGUACAUGGUAUAUAACGGCAAUAGCUGGAUCUCUUACGACGACGCGGACACUUUUAAGCUGAAAAUUGCUUACGCUAAUACCAUUGGUCUUGGAGGCCUGAUGAUUUGGGCGAUUGACCAAGAUGAUACCAGAUUGACUGCCUUGAGAGCUGUCACUGACUCUAGUCUUGCCAGCGACGACACGGCCCCGUUCACAUUGGUCGACCUGCACCGCUUGUGGUCCAUCGAGGAUUAUCCCACCGAUGAUAGCAACCCGCGGUACGGCCUUGUUAAUUUCGGCGGGGAGGCCAAUAUGGGAGAGACCAACCCGGACAAGACCGGUUUUGGUUUCUUUAUAGUUGCCGGCUACUGGAAUGAUAUCGUCGACUCCGAAGGCAUCGAGUCUUCAGACGUGAAACGUCUAACGGAGCGGUUUUUCAGCAGAGACACUAUCUACUGGACCGAAAAGUUUGGCUCGCUCAGCCUGGAUGAGAGCAGGGAGCUGAACGUCGAACAAAGCCUUACACAGUCACUCUACUGGGAUUCAAUCAAUGAGUGCUCUGUUGAUGGCUCUGAGUUCGGCGAGGGCAUCGGCGCCUAUAUCGAUGGCAACAUCAAAGCCCGGUUCGAAUAUGGAUUUAGUUUAGGCGCCGUGAUUCAAGAUGGCAAACUCCUCGUGCAGACAACAAACGGCGUGCUCUAUGCCGAGGGUUACUCUGAUCUGACAUACACAGUCGGCGGUGUUGGGAGGAUAGAUGUCGCACAGGCGAAGAACGGCAAUCCCUCGUGGUAUGCUGGCGAGAAGACUCCCAUCACGGCUCAUACCGUCUACGCCAGCGGCAUGAAGGGUUGGGCGAGUUACAAGCCUUCCUCUGGCACGCCCUCAGGUGUCGACAUCGCCGAUCCACGAAUUUCAAUUCCCCAGUCAAACGUUAUUUAUGGCAGUGGUCCUGGGUUAGACACGGCCAAAAUUGCUCUUGCAUGCUACUUCUCAUUCGGGCUCGAUGUCGAUUUCGGUGUGCAACAAAACGGCAGAGACCUCGACUGGGAGGGUCCAGAUAUUAAACUCCGUUUUGAGUCCUCAGCCGAAUUCACCAAUGAUGCUUCAUCGGGCUCUGGGACGUGUGUUGAUUAUAGGAUUGCAACCGUCGAGCGCGUGUGGAUUGAAGACCCGUAA